UUCCCCUCCUCUCCUCUCCCCAGUACAUUAAUACAUGCGCACUUUAUUUUCUGUGCUCCUCUAUAUCACCACUACCCCAGUUUCCCUUUCUCCUGCUGAAUACUGUGAUUUCUGGGUCACAAACUCCUGCUGUCAAAAUGGCAGACUCACAGAGUGUACCACCAUGCAAACUGCAUCGUCUGUUCAGGGUUUAUGAUCCUGAGGUUGUAGCGGUUAUGACAAUAUUACUUGGACUGUUCCAAAUGCUUCUGGGACUUCCAACUUACUACAUGAGCGUCAACAUAAAAGUACUACAUGUGUGCCCAGUUGUUGUCGGAGCAGCAUUUGUAGCUGGUGGAGCAUUUGCAAUGGCAUGUGAAAGAGCUCCUAGCAGGCAGCUGAUGAAAUCCUGUGUUUAUGCCAGUGCCUUUGGGCUGUUGGUGGGAUUGUGUGCCAUUAUUAUUUAUGCCUAUGCAGUCAAUGACAUAAAAUCUGUAGAAUCUGUUUGUGAACUCAACGAAGGUCGGCGAAUUGGUUGUCAAAAAGAUCUUGUCACUGAAUAUUUCAUAUCAGUCUCUGCAUUGCUUUUGAUUUAUGACAUCGGAGCACUCACCCUUCAAGGUCUCAUUUUAUUUUCAGCUAUGAAAGGUUUGAAAACAAGCUGAAUAUACAGUAUUUUUUCAUAAGUGAGAAGUUGAAAAAUGUAGAGUAUAACUCAGAAAUUUAAAUGUAUGUUCAUGUACUUUUUAAUUUUGCACUUUUUUUUAAUAAAAGUGACAUUUUAAAAAGUAAGCAUAGUAGUGUAAACUAUAGUGUACACAAAAAUGUUCUCCAUUUAAAGUGGAAACAACAUAUGACUUGUGUGUCUUCAACUCUGUAUGUCAAAGUCAUUUUGGAUUGGUGUUGUAACUAUUCAUAACAUUGUACAUUGUUUUCAGGUUUUGUUUGUGCUUGAAAUACACAGAGCCUGCUUUACUAAUUUGUAUAAUACCAUCAUAUACAGUAAUAUAAUAUAUGAAACAAUACAGAAGCUCUACACAGUACCUACAUAAAUUGCAUUGAUUAUAAUGCAGUAAGUGUAAGAUAGGCAGUACAGGCAGAACAACAAAAGAUUAAUAUGAAUAAGAUGAUGCACAUUGUAAAAUAGUAAAUGAUAAAUUGAAUAUACAGCAUAUCUGCUAUUAGCUUGUAAUAAUAAAAUGGCAAAACUCAAUAAAAAUAAGGAAUUAGAAUUAUUUAAAAUGAUUUCACUGUUUUUUUUGUCUAGUCACCUUUAUUGCUUUAUCUGAUGUAUACACUCACUGGCCGCUUUUAUGGAAACAACCCCUGCUUAUUCGUGCAAGUAUCCAAUUAGCCAGUCAUGCAUGAAUGCUGUAGUACAGCGCAUUAAAUAACAAUAGAAAUGUGCAUGUGUGUGUGAUUCUACAGAAGUCUGCCACUACCACAUGAUUGGUUUGGAUAAAAACAUAUAAACCGCACACAUUAAAGUGGCCAAAAAAUGAACGUCAGUUUAUAUAAUACACGUCAAAGUCUUUUAUAAACCCUUUAAACCGCCCUGACUAAUGUGGAAAAAGGAAAUACAAAUUUUUAGAAUAUUUAUCAUAAUUACUGUAGUUAACUACUAUAUUCUAAACCAAACAUACUGUGUCUAGAUUACCCGUGUCCUUGAGAUUUUACAUGUGCAUUCCUGUUAUAUUAGUUAUCACUUUUUGGAUUUAGAUUUCAUACAUUUUUACUACAGUGUUUGGAUGUUUACUUUAUUUUCCUUUGUGUUUUUUUAUUUGUUAAACAAUAAAGAAAUAUUUCAACAA